CUUCCUAAGUGGACAGUUUGAUUUCACAGAAGUGUGAUUGACUUGGAGUUACAUUGUGUUGUUUAAGUGUUCCCUUUAUUCUUUUGAGCAGUAUAUUUACUCGAUCAUCAAAGAAACGUAGGUGUUGUCAUUUGUUAGUAACCUGUGACAACAAGGUGGUAAAGAGCGCUUUUGAUAUCAUUUUUAAGCAGUAUUUACUGAAACAGAAGUCAAACGUACACCCCCAACCAAAUGUUUAAUUUGCCAAGUAACAGAAGUUAAAAUGGAAAACUCCAUCUGUUUUGUGAGAAGGGGUUACUUUUGCCGUUCAACCAGGUUUCGUCAGGAAAAUAGCUGUUUUGUAUUACCCCCUUCGAGUCCAACACACGUUUGAACAGAGCUUAAAGGCCCAGUGCAGUCAAAAACACGAUUUACCUGUGUGUUAUAUAUAUUUUCAUAAUAUGAGGUUGCAAUAAUAUGUGAAAUUGUGAAUAUAAUGAUAAAUCCCUUUUAGUGUAAGAGCUGUUUGAAAAGACUGCCUGAAAUGUCAUGGUGGAAUGGAGUUUUGGCCUUCCAUGGUGACAUCACCAUGCGGCAAAUUAGUUAAUAGACCAAUAAGAAAGAUGGUUCCAACCCUCUCUGCUAAUAACAGCUAAUUUUCAUUUUCCCCCAACCCACUCAGAACACUCCCUGACAGUCCUAGCAAAAUUCUUGCUUGAGAAAUUGCUUGCUAAGAAGCUGUUUUUGUUUGUUUUAAAUUAAAAUGGUCAAAAUGAAUCACAGUAAGAUACUUAAUUCUUACCCAGAAAUGAUUUGAUAUUGAGAUAAAAAUUGCUGCAUUCGACCUUUUUGAAAAACUUGGGAAAGUAUUCUGUAUUGGGAAAUGUAUGAACAAAUUUGGCCUACAUGCAUGCGUCAGGUGAUGAGGUUCAUACCAUACUGGUAGUGAUAUGACAUAAAGAGAUGGCCUACAAUGUAUUUGUGAGUUGAGUUCUUCUUCUGAGUAUUUCUAACAGGACCAUAUGCUGCUGGAGUGGGGCCAUAACAUCAAGGAACCCUGCCUCCCCAUGCACCUUUUCAGCCCUCAGCGGGUGCCUGGACGUCACCAUUUUACAGCGAGUUGGAUUUCAUUUGAAGUUUGACUUUAUUCCCUCGUGUACGCACUUAUAAUAGCGCUUAAUGAGCACUUUAACCAUUUCCACAUAUCAAGAAGAAAAGGAUGGUAGAGGUGCAAGGGGUGGAGUUACUUGGGGUCAAUAGCCAAUGGAAAGCACCCAAAUUAUGAGUGGUGUUGAGUACAGUAUUUAUUAACUGUACAGUUGUCUGGCUGACACUGGACUGUGAAGAGAUACAAGUACAGGUAAGUAAGAAUGUGAUUUGCAGAUGAUGUACUUAAUAUAAUAUAUACUUUGAUCAUUAGGCUGGUCAAGAGGCCUGACUAGGUUAAUUCAAUUCAUAUAUUUAUCAUUAUUGGGAAAGGUUGAUUGCGUGCCUAAAACAGCCUUUUCUGAAGUGAAGUGGGAAAUGCUUUAUAUUCCAGUUUAGGGUCCUGUGUAAUGUCAUUUAAUCUGUUAUAAGAACAACAAUGAUGAUUGAAGUGAUUCAUGGGGUAAAUUAAAAUCUUGCUGUGAAGUCAUCUAGGUUAGCUAUUAUUUUAUGCAGGUAGUACAGGCUAAUGUUGACGUAGUUUCAAAUAUGAGAGGAACUGGAGCAUUAUGAAUUGUCAGUUUAUCUCUGAUCAUCCUGGCACAUGCAGCUGGUCUGCAUGACAGUACAACUCUACUGGGUGAGCAUGUUAGUGUGUUCUAUGAUCAAAACAGUAUUCAAGCUGUAUUUUACGCCAGUCAUGCUUCUUCCUGUGUGUUCUCCAGGGGGCAAGGAUGAUUGUUCAGGUUCUCCUGACGGGGACACUAUGCUGCCUACUGCCAGGUUUGCUGGAUGCUAAACCUCUGACCCUGUUUGUAUUCUCUACCCCUGAUCCCUCUCUGCAGGUUUGCUGGAUGCUACACCUCUGAAGGCUAGAGCUGUAGGGGAGGUCAGCAUCGACUCUGCCCAGGCUCAUGGCUUCCUGUCUCAGUCACGCUCCAAACGGAACGUCGACCCGGACCCCAAGUGGGACCGCGGCAUGCCUGAUUUCCAGUCCUACUACAAAUUCUACAACAGCAUAGGCCAUAUUGAAGGACUGUAUGAGAUUGACAAGAUCAGGAUACUGUAUCAGCAGAUGCGUCACCUAGAGCAGCUCUAUGGGUCAGAUCCAUCCAGCUACCAGAAUGCCCUUGGUGUGAUAACCCCUCCACCUAUCACCGCAGCUCCUACCACCACCACACUGCCUCCUACCACUCAGCCCCCUCCUACUACACCAGCACCACUUUCUCUAACUGAGGCUGAUGUCCUGUAUCUGUGUAACCCCAAAGACCCCCUCUGUAAAGCUCACAUCGUUUACCUGCCUGCAGGGGCCAUCCCGGUCCUCUGUGACCCACGCUACAACCCUAACUGCAAACCCCAAACCGGCAAGGUGGUCAUAGCCGCUGCCGGACCAGCUCCUGCAGCACCUGUAGAGCCAGCUGUUGAAGCACCUCCUCCACCCCCUCCUAAGAAGUCUCUCCCACCUCCUUCUCCCGUUGUCAUUAAAGGGAUGGAGUAUGACUGCGACCCUUACUGGGACCCUGACUGCCUGAUCGAUCACCCACCUCGCUCUGUCCAGGUGACUGAGCCGCCACCACCACCCCCUACUCUCCCGCCUGUUGUGGUGGCCCCUGUUGAGGAGGAGGAGGAGGAGGAAGAAGAAGAAGAAGAAGAAAUGGCCACCGAGGAGACAGUAGCGCCUUCUGACCCUUAUGAUUGGGGGCGUGACCUCUUUGACCCUUACCGCUAUUCCGACCCAGCACCUGACCCCCAGUAGACAGUUUUUUUGUUUUGUUUAUCUAAGUACAAACAUAACACAUUAGUACUGCAAUACAACAGAAGGUCAUUUACCAAAUACCAUGUAGGACUGUGAGCAAAACCAUAACAAACACAAUUGUACACAAACACAACAAUUUCCCCCCAUGUAUGACAUUUCUCAGUUCCAUCAGAGAGUAUUGUUUUGAGUUGUAGAGACAACGGACUUACACACACACAUUGAAUAUAAUAUAUUGUGUGUGUCUGUUAUCAAUUAAUAUUUUUUUAAAAAUGAAGUGUCACGUCCCAUUUGAAAUUGUUUGUGGUAAAAGGUCGCCCUCCAGCGGUGAGAACUGAAACUGUAAAUUAAACGAUCUAUCUGGACUGUGUUUUGUAGAUUUAAAAUGUGUAGCACUAGUACAACUUUUUUUUUGUGCAUUUUGAAAGAUUUGGAUGCUGUUACUACAAACUAAUGCUAGCUAAAGUAAUUAGCAGGACGACAUACAGUAUGUGUGUGCCAGUGAGUAUGUAAUAAAGGACACUGAAGCAACACAAAAAUGA